GGAAGGAAGAAGCUUUGCCAGAGACCUCCGGAUAGAACUAUCUCGGAGUACAUCCGUAGCCUUUAGAAGGAAUGACAAGUUUCCACAAGCACCGCAGCAUCGUAGUCCCAGAAUCCAGAUUCGGGGCGACCAGAAACCCAGGCCGGGCACGGCCGCCUCCAGGGCUAGGAGUGAGGCUCUGGAGUACCUGGCAAACCUUGCUUCAGAGGGACUCCAGUGGCCGGAGGUCCCGCCCCAAUCACCAAAAUGGCGGCAUGGUCCGGGCGAGGGGUGAGGUAGGAUGGGCAGAGGAAGUCUCCCCAGGGGCUGAACACAUUCACUGCGCUCCAUUCCCGGCUCACGGAACACAUUCCGCGUUUGCAAUAGGGAGCGCUGGCCCGGGCCAAAGUGGACAUCCCUUCUGGGGUGGCACAACGGUUCCAAGGGCAGAUUUGGUAUCAAGGAGACGAGUGCAAAUCCUGCCAGAUACACUCCGUCCCUGUGUGACUCUGGGUAAGCCCUUCGCUUCUCCCUGGUCCCUAGUUCCCGCCUCUAGGAAAUGUGGGUAAUAACAGCAAGGACUUGGGCAAAGUGCUUUGGAGGCGGUACAGCAGGAUCUAAAUGCGGCGUUGUGAACAUCGGGAUGGAGAUGAUGAGAGGGAUGGAAAGGAGGAAGGAGAGAGACUGGAGGGUCAGGGAGGGAAGGGAAAGGCAGCACCCAGGCUCAGACGGACCACGGGAGCCAGAGAAAGAGUCGGAGGGCCUUAGAGCAAGUUUAGGGUCCUUCUUGGCUGGGGUCAGCGCAGAAGUUAGGGGUUGAGCCCAGGCCUGUCUGUGAGAUCCACCCACAGACAAGAGAAUGCAGACAGAAACAGAAAGUGAGGCAGACGCGAAGAGAAACAAAGUCAAGGUGAGAUAGAGUCAGCGAUAAGAAAUAUGGAAGCUCCCCCCCCCCCCAGGCACAUGGACUGACACAAAGAGAGGUGUCUGCAGGGACAGUUAGUGGCUCGGUGGAUAGAGUCAGACCUGGACACUUCCUGUCUGUGUGACCCUGGGCAAGUCACUUAACCCCCAUUGCCUAGCCCUGCCUAGGAACUGAUACUCGUGUGGAUUCUAAGACAGAAGGCAAGAGUUAAAAAAAGAAUAAUAAAUUGAUGGUUGCUUUCAGGGAGACAGCCCAGAGGCAGAGUCUCCCACACAGAGCCGCCUCUCUCCACAGACAUGGUGAGGUACGGGUACACACUGAGACAAAUUCCUGGAGCCACAACUGGGGCUCCUCCUAGCCCUCACACACAGCUGGGUCAAACAAGUGCAGACCCUGGGCCUUGGGAGACCAAAAGAUCCCUGGGAGCUUUCCUGCUAGGGCCCUCCCUCUCCUUGGGCUCCUUUUGCACCCCAUCGAUUGAGAAAAUAAUCGGAUCAUGCAGGCAGGUUUGGUACCAGGAAGGAGAAUGUCCCGUGCAUGCCAGUGCCUUGCACCCAGAGCCCAGCCUAGAACGCUGAUAAGCUGUGCCUGAGCACACACCUGCUUUGCCAACCCCCUUUACAUAUGGGGCAGUGGGCCAGGCCAGGAAGACUUUGGUUCCAUCACUAUAAAAGGGCUCUCUCUGUGAGUCACCCUGCUUCUCUGCCCCUCCCCACACAGCUUUGGCUCUGCUAGCACGUACAGACCGUAGGCACCACUGCUGGGGUAUUCACCUCCCAGUCAGGAAGCAGCAUGGCUCCCCCUUGCCCUGGCCGGCUUCCCCUCCUGUCCCCAGCCAGGGCCCCCAUCUGUCUGCUCUUGCUCCUCCUGCUUCUGGCCCCCUCUCACCCCUACAGCGUGGUGGGAAGAGAGAGAGAUUCAUCUGAGGAGGAGGGAGAUCCCCCUGGGGCAGAGGAUGGACCCCAAGAGGAGAAGCCACCUGGAGAGGAGCAGCUUUCCAGGGAGAGAGAAACACCUGGCCAGGGUGAUCCUUCCAGGGAAGAGGAUCCACCCAGGGAGGAGGUCCCACACAGAGAAGAGGAUCCACCCAGAGAGGAGGAUCCACCCAUUGUCCAGGCUUCUCCGGUCUCUGAAGAUCCUGAUUCCCACAGAAAUGUCCCAGAAAAGAAAGAUGAUGACCAUCAACACUGGCGCUAUGGAGGCGGCCCCCUCUGGCCCCGGGUCUCCCGAGCCUGCGGGGGACACCUUCAGUCUCCAGUGGACAUCCGGCCGGACUCCACCUAUUUCAGGCCGGACCUGGUGGCCCCCCAGCUCCACGGCUUCUUCCUUCCCCCUGACCAGCCUCUGAAGCUGAAGAACAACGGCCACACAGUGCAGCUAACGCUGCCCCCUGGACUGUGGAUGACGAUGGGCCUGGGGACAGAGUAUCGGGCCCUGCAGUUACAUCUGCAUUGGGGGGCCCCCGGGGUGCCCGGCUCGGAGCAUACAGUCAAUGGUCACCACUUUCCAGCUGAGAUUCAUGUAGUUCACCUCAACACCCGAUUUGACACAGACCAUGAAGCCUUGGGGCAACCCGGAGGCCUGGCCGUUCUGGCUGCCUUCCUUCAGGGCCCAGAGGAGAAUGAUGCCUAUGAACAGCUACUGUCACAUCUUGGGGAAAUUGGUGAGGAAGGCUCAGAGACUUGGGUCCAGGGAUUCGAUGUGGCUGCUCUCCUGCCUCACAACCUCCAACGGUACUUCCGCUAUAAAGGGUCUCUGACGACCCCGCCCUGCUCGCAGGGGGUCAUUUGGACGGUGUUCAACCAGACGGUGCUCCUGAGUGCCGGGCAGCUCCGGACGCUGUCUCUAUCCCUCUGGGGCCCCGAGGGCUCCCGGCUCCAGAGGAACUUCAGGGCCACCCAGCCUCUGAAUGGGCGAAUGAUCGAGGCUUCCUUCCCUCCUCCCACCGCCACCGCGCACAACCCGCCGGACUCCCCAGAGCCAGUGCAUUCGAGCUCCUGCCUGAAUGUUGGAGACAUCCUGGCCCUGCUCUUUGGACUUCUCUUUGCUGUCACAAGCGUGGCCUUCCUGGUCUAUAUGAGGCGCCAGAAAAGGCUGAGCCGUGUCGCCAAAGAGAAUGUCAUCUACCACCCCACAGAGGUGACGGAGACGGCCACCUAGCCGGCUGUGGACUGAGAGACCGCGGCCGAAUCCAGGAGCGGGCUGGAGAAGAGCUUUCCCCCCACCGCUUUCCCAAGAAUCCCCUCUAUAUUUUUUUAAAUAAAUGUUUCUAGUAAAACGA